AUGACGAGUUGGGGUCCACCCAAGUAUGUGUACCAGAAUCUUUUGGAUUUGAAGGAAGCGCCAGGUGCUGAAAAAGAGCGGGAAGAAGACCGAUACCCCAACUACUGUCUUUCGUGGAGCAAGCAUAUUUACGAGGAUAAAAAGACUGGAAAGAAACUUCAGCUCCUUGCCUGUUGCGGUGGUGUCAAGGCACAGAUAGUGGCAGUGGAAAGAGACAAUCCUCAUGACCCAUUGCGACCAUGGUCCACUUUCAUUGACGUCGAUCCAGACGAGAAAUUUCGGGCCUCUGCAUUUGGAGGCAGAUCUAUUAAUGGAUCGCCAUUUCUUAUUCUGGGUGGGAAAGCGGCCAUCAUCAAGCUGGUGGAUAUAGACAAAAGGUGUCUUGCUCACACUCUUGAAGGUCAUCGAGGGGUGAUUAACGAUUUGAAAGUGCCACCGAGUGACGAUUCCUUUUUAUUGAGUUCUGCGGGGGACGAGGGUAUUCGAUUGUGGAACUUGGACGUCCGUGCCUGUGUCGCAGCAUUUGCUGGGACCUAUGGUCAUCGCAAGGCAGUUCUGAGUCUUUCUUGGCAUUUCGAAGGGAAAAUGUUUGCCUCCUCUGGCGUCGAUGGUUACGUACGGCUGUGGAAUGGAGUAUGCGAUGUACGUUUUACCGGAGCGUCGCAUGUCUCUAGACGGCCAAUACCAGACGAAUCCGUUGCCAAAGGACAGCCCUACUAUGAUCAAUUUCCAAAGUUCGCCAGUAAUAAACUGCAUGUUUCCCCUGUGGACUGCGUCCAUUGGUUCAAAGAUGGGCGGAUACUCUCCAAGUGUAUAGACAAUGAGUUUUUGCUUUGGGAACCAGACUUUUCCAUUGAAGAUGAGAGCCAGCCGCAACAAGAAGUGGCGGGACAUCCUCCCGCGAAGGACGUCAUCGUGUUCAUGAGGUUCCAAGUCUCUGGUCGUCGUCGUAACUAUUUCUCGCGCUUUGGUGUCGAUCCACUCGACGAACAACUUGCGGUUGGUGAACUACUCGGCACAAUUUCCAUUUGGAAUCUGAAUGAUGCAGUGGACAAUGCCCCUUUUGAUGAUGACGACGACUGUGCUUUUGAGGAUGAUGGUUGCCUCGAUUUUCGAAUAGAUCCAUAUCAGACGUUGAACCUUCCGAAUCAUAGCGACAAGGUUAGAGUGGUUACCUAUGCCCCGAAUGGUGGCAAUAAAAUGCUCGUUGCUUGUUCGGACGAGGGGAACCUUUUUUUGAUGGAGAACUCCAACAUGUCCCAGAUCGGAGGUACAAAUGAAAUUGACGACUCGGAGUCGGAUAAAGGUUUUGUCGAUAUCUAA